UAUCAAUUGAGACUAAUAGUCCCCGUAAUCUACUAAACGAUUACGUGUACCUCAACUGUUAUCUUGAAAUUUAUAUUUGUUAUAAAACCAUGUUACUGUAAGUAGUAAAAGUUUGUGGAAUUAAUGCAGUAAGCGUAUAAAAAUAACUUUAAUAAAAAAUGAUUUUGUCUCAAAAGUACAACUUGCAUAUUUAUUUACUGCUAGUCUUAUUAAAAGAAUGCUUUUGCGAUAGUAAAGUGGAAGUGGAAAUAAAACAAGGUUUAUUGUACGGAAAAAGAGAGAAAACUUACUUGAAAGAGAAAAGCUAUUACACAUUCAAAGGAAUACCUUACGCUGAAGCCCCUGUUGGAGAAUUGAGAUUCAAGGCACCCAACCCUCACAAAGGAUGGGAUGGAGCAUAUCAAGCUUACAAAAACAAACCCACUUGUGUCCAGCAAAAUACAAAGAUGCGUAACGGUGACACCUACGGCAUAUCGGGUUCAGAAGACUGCCUAUACAUCAGCGUCUUCACACCAAGCCUGCAAGGAUCUGCUGCGGUUGUGGUAUUCGACCAUCAUGAUAAUUUUCGAACAAGUUACAAUGGUACAAGGAAAUAUUCUCCAGAAUUUUUUGCAGAAGAAGAUGUUAUAGUAGUCACUAUUAGUUAUCGCCUAAGUAUUUUCGGAUUUCUGACUACAGAAGAUGAUGUCAUACCCGCGAAUAAUGGCCUCAGAGACUAUUUGUUGGGUCUCCAAUGGGUAAAAGAGAACAUAAAAAGCUUUGGAGGAAAUCCUGAUCGAGUUACAUUAAUGGGCAGCAAAGGAGGUGCUACUGUUGCUAAUAUUAUGCUUUAUUCUAAACAAGCUACAGAUUUAUUUAAUGCAGUCACUAUUCAAAGUGGCACAACCUACGAAGCAAUAUAUUUUCCAAAAAAUCCAAAACAGUUUGCCUUUAAAUUAGCAAAGCUCGUUGGUGUAGACACAAAUGAAACCAGCGCAUUGCUUGAAGAAUUACAAAAAAUUGACGCACUUACUCUUUACAGUAAUGCAAGUGAUCUUAUAUCGAAUAUAGAUGAGUAUGAAAUAUAUCAACGAAGUGUCUUUCCUUUCGCACCAACAAUUGAACCUGAAAAUCCAAAUGCAAUUUUGACAGUGAUGCCAGAAGACGGUAAUAUUGUUAACGACGUUCCAGUUUUGAUCGGAUUCAAUUCAAGAGAAGGCUUAGACCAUACUUCAUACCUUCUCUUUGACCCUAAUUUACUAAAGCAAAUCAAAGAUUUCUUCGUACAUUUCCCAAUUAGAUCUAACUACAGAUUUGAUGUCAAUAAUACCGCUUUCAAUGAUUACAAGGAAGAUAUACAAAAGUUUUAUUUCAAAGAAGGACGUCUACAUUACAACAACCUCUUGGAUUAUGCUACAUACGUAGGAGAUACAGUACAAAAUUAUGCUAUAAAUUAUGCUGCAAAAAAACUAGCUGCCGAUUUGAAAUCACCUACAUAUUAUUACAUGUUUGAUUUUUACGGAACUAUUAAUGAGAACAUGCUAUUCAUGGCGACUAAUGUAAGAUGGGGUAUUGAAAAUUGGGGAGCGACUGUUAUGGAUGAACUCUGCUACUUACACGUGUGUAACCGAAUUAGGAAAAACUACGAUUAUCUAAAAGGGCUGGUGUCCACGCAGAAUGAAAUUAAAGUCUUAAAGAAGAUGGUGCGUUUAUGGACGAACUUUGCUAAGACUGGGAAUCCAACGCCUACUAAAAGUGAUGAUGUCUUGAAAAGUCUAGUCUGGCAACCGAUAGAUAAGGCAAGCGAUGAUCUCAAAUACCUUCACAUCACCAAAAACUUUCGCAUGGAAAUGAAUCCUUUAGGCAAAAGGGAAAAAUUUUGGGAUACAACUUUGAAGAAAUAUGCUGAAAUGGCGGUCGAUGGAGUAGCACAGAGGAUAGAAAAAUCACAUGACGAAUUAUAAUAAGUACCAAUUCAAAAAUAAAAUGCGUUCCUGCAUCUACAGCGACGCUUUGAUUAUAAACACAUGUUACAGCUCACUCACAGCCUGAUCCCAAAUUGUUUUUUUUUUAUGAAUGUUUCAUAUUGAUUUUGUUAGAAAUUGGCAUUAUUAUAAUAAUUCUUAUUUGCUGAAUAUUCAGGUGGUGUGGUUAUUGAGAAAAGUUUUAACUGACUCGCUUCGAAAAAACGCGUGUUAUCUAGUAUGAACUAGUUUUAACUGAUAUUACAUUUUGAGCAUUAGUCAAUUCUAGUGUUAACAAAGGCAUUUAAUAAAAACUAGUUCUAACUAGGGAAAACGCGUUCAUUCUAAAAACUGGUUUUUUCUAUAACAUAUAGCACGCAAAGAAAACAGCUUAAGAUACGUGACUCUAAUGUCAGAUUGACUUUGAAAGCAGUCAAUAUGUAGUAUAGCGACGAACGUAUCUACCAUAAGUAGUAGAUAAUAUAUUUUUUGGGCCGCUUCGGAGCAAUAAAUACGGUAUCUAAGGGUAUAAAUAAUCAAAGCUACAACGUAAUGAUAAAUAUGUUUUCAUCGAGUUAAUUGUUGACGCCUUGGAAUUUUCACAGAUGUAAAAAAUGUAAUACGAAUAAGAAAAAAGCUUUAUGAAGUUAUUUUAAAACCUAAUAUCAUCUAAUCUAAUGCGAAUGAAAUAAAUAUAUUAUGUUAUUUACUUUUAAGUAGUUUUAAUCGCAAGUACAUGA